AGGAAGGUCCUGGGGGAGGAGUCCUCGCCAGUCCAAAAAAUACAUCCUGCAUUGUGCUGCCCUCAAAUGACUACUUUUCUGCCUCACUAACUCUCUGGAGAAAAUCACUUCAUGAGGCCGGCAUCGAAUCUAUGAUGGCCUUUGAUGAUCUCUUUGCUAAAAUUAAGAAUAGGGGAAAAUUCGAGAUCCUUCAGGCCUUUUUUUUGCCAUUCCCUUUCCUAUUUGUAGGUAGCCAUUUUCUCCUGGAGAAUCUCACGGCCUUUGUCCCCAAGCACCGGUGCUGGGUUCACGAGCUGGACAAUACCUCUGCCUCGCUCAGCGUCAGUGAGGACCUGAAUUUGACUUCCCUGCUUAAGGUUUUCAUCCCCCUGGACUCCGAUGGGAGACCCGAGAGCUGUCGCCGAUUCUCGGCGCCCCAGUGGCAGGCUUUGCUCCCAAAUGUCACGACCCAAAAUUUCAGCCAGCUGGAGAUGGAGCCGUGUGCGGAUGGCUGGGUUUACGACCAAAGCAUCAUCACGUCUUCCAUCGUGACUGAGUGGGACCUGGUGUGUGACUACCAGGCUGUGAAGUCCUUGUCCCAGUCGAUAUUCCUUGCUGGGCAUCUGCUAGGAUAUGGCAUGUGGGGCUAUUUCUCAGACAGGUUUGGGAGGAAAUCGCUGCUGCCUCUGACUCAUCUCAUGUUGACUAUCUUCAACACUGGGAUUGCCUUUGCCCCGUCGUACCCCAUUUACUGCAGUUUGCGCUUCUGCCUUGGGUUCUCCAUAUCAGGACUUCUACUUAGCACUGGCAGCCUUGUCCUGGAAUGGACCAGCGGUCAGUACCGGCCGAUGGCAGUUGUCAUAAUGACUCUGUACUUCAGCCUGGGGCAUCUGCUUCUGGGGUUGAUGGCCCAUGGCAUCCAGGAAUGGCACCAACUCCAGCUGGUAAUGUCAGUUCCCUUCUUCGUCUUCUUCCUGACAUCUUGGUGGUGGCCAGAGUCCGCUAGAUGGCUGAUUGUCCACAACAGGUUUGAUGAUGCCUUAAAGAUACUCAGAAGAGUUGCAAAAAUCAAUGGAGUGAAGGAGGAUGCUGUGACUCUAGAGGUUUUGAAAUCUGCCAUGGAGAAGAAGCCAAAUGAAGCAGAGGCCCAUUACAACAUGUUGGAUUUGGUUCGAUUCCCUGUCUUGCGUAAAAGAAUUCUCUGUUUUGUCUUUGCAAGUUUCACAUCAGGUAUGCUUUUUUACGGAUUGUCUCUGAACCUACACACCUUGGGGCACAAUAUUCAAAAGGUCCAAGUUCUGUUUGGAGUUUCCGGCUUCCUAAGCAGGUUUGGGUACUUGUUCAUCAUAACCUACUUGGGCCGUCGAAUAUCAACAAUAACUUGCUUUCUCCUUCCUGGACUGUUGAUCAUUGCAAAUAUACUUCUGACUCAAGAAAUUCUCCGUAUCAUCUGGGCAUUGUUGGCAAUUGGCCUUAUUAUGAAUGCCCCUGGCUGUAUUAGUAUCUCUUCCACUGAAGUCAUGCCAACAGUUGUCAGGGACAUGUCCAAGGGAACGAUUCUCCUGUUUGAUCGGACCGGGGCAAUCCUGGCCCCUCUGGUGAACAUACUCACGCACUACAUUCCAGUCCUGCCACAGAUCAUCUUUGCCACUGCAGCCAUCGCUGCCAGCCUUCUGGUCUUCCUCUUCCUCCCUGAAUCAAGGAACCAGCCAAUGCCUGACACCAUCCAGGAGGUAGAAUGCCGACUCACAAGAGAAGAGAGACCAAAAGAUCAGGGUAACGCAGAAGAGAAUGUAACCCAGUUUUAGGGGUGCUCUGGGAGUCUGCUUGAGAAGAAAAUGACUGUCCUAGAACCUGGGGAUUCCUUUUCUCCUAGUGGGGAAGCCCUUCCACUAGCCGUGAAAUCCCCAAUGAUCCUGCUUGGACCCCAGGCUUCCAGGAGGGUUCAAGAGUGUCAAUCAAUUGACAAGCAUUAAAUAAUCACUUGGGGUUGUGUACAAGGCACUGGAGAUACAAAGGCCCCAAAUCAGCAAGCUUUACUGUUAAGGAGCUGACAUCCUACCUGGGGAGGCAGCCAGGAUGCCAAUAAAAAGAAAAGAAAACAAAAACCCACCCAAAGAACACUCUCCAGAGAACCUGUGCCCGUUUACUUGAAGCUGCCCUGAUUCCAAGGAGGGUCCACAAGCAGAAAUCAGCUUGAAGACCUGCACUGUGAGAUCCCUGCCUCGAGAGGCUCCCACCUUGAGCACAACCUGCUUCUCCAAGGAAAUUUUGCUGCCCUUAUUUCAGGACCUCCGGGCUGGAAAGGGGACUCAAAGGGGACUUCUGAUUGUUCCUUCUAGGGAUGGCAACUUCGCCUCUUCCAAACUCUCCAGUCUUUCAUCUUGCUUCUAGAAUCAAAGACAAACUCCUCUGCCACACUUCAAGCCCUCCACAGACUGGUUUCAAUCAAACUUCAUUCACAUGAUUCCCUGUAACACACAUCUGUUCUAGCCAAAUUUGUCUUUCAGUCUCCCACUAACAUGCCUUUGCACAGGCUGUGCCCCUGUGCCUGGGACAUUUUCCCAACUUAUUUUUUCCUCUAAAAAUCCUUAGGUGCCACGUCCAAGGAAAAACAUGCCUCUUUCUCCUAGUUACAAGUGAUCUUUCCUUGCUCAAAUCGCCUUCUAUAUUCAUUCUUCCAUAAGUACUCACUGCCAUUCACCCCCCUGGAAUGCAGGGAUGAUUUUUGUUUAUUUUCUCUCCAUGUCCUCAGCAUCUAGAAUGGCGCCCUGUCCAAUGGGGACUGAAUUAAUGUUUGUUGAACUGAACUAAAUCUGAACAAAUUGAAUUAUCAAAAAUCUACUUGAUCACUGAGACUUGGCAGUUGGCAUAAAACCUGGUGGAAUUCACUAUGUAAAGCCCUGGGGUUUCACAUCUCCAUUCCUAGAGCAAUGAGACUCUCCUUUGUAACAGAAUUAUCAGGGAACAGGAAAGGGGAAAACCAGGUGGUUCAUUCCCAAAUAGCCACAGGAUAUGGAUAGUUUUCAAAGGGAAACACCCCAAACUAUCAAGAAUUUCUUAAUGAUGAGGAGGAGGAGAAUAGAAUUCACCAGUGGCUAUGCAGCACUUCAGAUACCUUCAAUCUUUUUUUAAAACCCUCACCUUCCUUCUUAGGGUCAAUACUGUGUAUUGGUUCCAAGGCAGAAGAGUGGUAAAGGCUAGGCAAUGGGGGUCAAGUGACUUGCCCAGGGUCACACAGCUAGGAAGUGUCUGAGGUCAAAUUUGAACCCAGGACCUUCCAUCCUGACACUAUCCACUGAGCUACCCAGCUGCCCCCCCCCCUUCAAUCUUGUUUAGACCUGCUGCUGAAAUGGUUACCAUUGUGCAGUCAUUGAGCAUGAACCACAGAUGAGAAUUAAGUGCCAAAUGGGCACCAAAGGUGUCCAUAACCUUUGGUAUGAGGGUUGGCCAAGUCCUUUUCAGGGCUUCUCAUCCACCAAUGUAUUAUAUAUAGUAUCCAAAUGGAUCUGGGAUCUCCUUGAUUCAAAGAUCCUCUACUAAAGUGGGGAAAGGUCAUUAGCAAAUCUUGGGGUGAGAUGCACAGAAAGCACCCUCAAAUCAACUUCUUCAGGCUGGAAGCCUUUCAAUCACAAAAGAACAAAAGACUUUCUCCUACUCCUCUCUCUCUUCCUCCAAUCAGUUUCCCCUAUCAGAUCUAUGACCAAACAAGGGACAGUGAAAUAAGUUCAGCAGGAAGACCUAUUGUGCAUGUUCUUCUCUAAAAGAUAAGAAAGCUACUGAGUCUUUGGAUGGGGGAUUUCCUUGUUCUUACAGUAUCUUGUCCCUUCCUGGCACUUUCCUCCAUAUUCCUUUGUUGCAAUCAUCCUUCCUGAACUUGCUCCCAGGGUCCUUAGCACCGAAAGUAACAACAUUUCUUUCCUUGGUCAGAAGGAAAACUGUCCUUUAAACUGUGCUUCUUUUACCCCCUUCUAAGAAUAUUGGAUUUAUAAGCCAAAUGUCAUUACCCUGAGAAUUCCACACUUAACCCCAUCUCAUCUCACACAGUUAUACAUGUGCAGUCAUGCGCAACAUAUUCCCAUAUUAGUCACUUUGUAAUGUUUCAGCCACCUGUUACAAAUAAAAGACACAAAUAAAAAAUUUUUCCUUGGCAAUUUCUUGGAAAAUUAUAGUUUUCAGGUAAAACAAUAAUUCUUACAUUCUUUCUUCUCAAUCCAUUUUCCAGGUCAGUUGUUUUUCCAAUGAGAUAUUUCACAUUUUCUUUUAUUUUUUCAUUAUUUUGACUUUGUUUUAUUGUUUCUUGGUGACCCAGGGAAUUGUUAGCUUCUACUUUCCCAAUCCUAAUUUUUACAAAACUAUUUUCUUCAGUGAGCUUUUGUACCUCCUUUUUCAUUUGACCAGUUCUGCUUUUAAAAAAAGUUUUUUUUUUUCAAAGGAAAAACUGUGGGAGUAAAAGAAGAACAGAAGAAAAAUAACUGCUUGAUUAUAUGGGUUGAUGGGGAUAUGAUUGGGAAUGUAGACUCUAAAUGAUCAUCAAUAUGGAAAUAGAUUUUGAUCAAGGACACAUGUAAAACCCAGUGGAAUUGUGUGUCGGCUACGGGAAGGGAUGGGGGGGGGGGGAGAAUAUGAUUCUUGUAAUCAAGGAAAAAUGUUCUAAAUUGACUAAUUAAAUAAAAUCUAAAUAAAAUAAAAUAAAAAAUAAAAAAGUUCUUUCUGCAAUGUA